AUGUGUGACCAAAAGGCUGUAAUCAAGAAUGCCGAUAUGUCAGAGGAGAUACAACAGGACUUGGUGGAGUGUGCAUUGGAGAAGUAUAAUAUAGAGAAGGACAUUGUGGCCCAUAUCAAGAAGGAGUUUGACAAGUACAACCCCACCUGGCACUGCAUCGUGGGGAGGAACUUCGGUAGUUAUGUGACGCAUGAAACCAAACACUUCAUCUACUUCUACCUGGGCCAAGUGGCCAUUCUCGUGUUCAAAUCUGGUUAA